AUGACAGAUGCAAGUCUGCAUAACGUUCCUAUUGUCAUAGAUAAUGGCAGCGGCACGAUACGAGCAGGAUUCGCCGGUGAAGAAAUCCCAUCAUGCUAUUUCCCUUCGUUUGUUGGCCGACCAAAGCACCCGCGGGUCAUGGCUGGUGGGCUAGAGGGCGACGUUUUUAUUGGGCAGAAAGCACAGGACUUGCGAGGGCUUUUGAAGAUUCGGUAUCCCUUGGAACAUGGCAUCGUUACCGACUGGGACGACAUGGAGAAAAUUUGGCACCACGUGUAUGAGAGCGAAUUGAAGACACUCCCUGAAGAGCAUCCCGUGCUCCUGACCGAGCCGCCGCUGAACCCAAGGAAGAAUCGAGAUAUCGCCGCGCAGAUUAUGUUCGAAACGUUUAACAUCCCGGCUCUGUAUACGUCGAUUCAGGCCGUUCUUUCCCUUUAUGCUUCAGGCCGAACGACGGGUGUGGUAUUGGACUCCGGUGAUGGGGUGUCCCACGCUGUGCCGGUAUAUGAAGGGUUUGCAGUUCCAAACAGCAUUCGAAGAAUCGAUGUUGCUGGCCGGGAUGUCACAGAACAAAUGCAAUUGUUAUUGCGGAAGAAUGGCUACGUCCUCCACACGAGUGCCGAGAAGGAAGUCGUACGUAUGAUCAAGGAGAAAGUAUGCUACGUGUCGUUGGAUCCGAAAAGGGAAGAGAAAGAAUGGAUAAAUAGUUAUCACAAAUCCGAGUCAAAAACCAUCGAAUACGUCCUGCCUGAUGGACAUAAGAUGAAGAUUGGCCAAGAACGUUACCGCGCCCCUGAGAUUUUGUUCGAUCCUGAGAUUAUCGGCAUGGAAUACCCUGGAGUUCACCAAAUUGUACAGGACGCCAUCACACGGACCGACCUCGACCUCCGCAAAGCCCUUUAUCUCAACAUUGUCUUAUCAGGUGGCACGACACUGUGCAAGAACUUCCCAGACCGGUUAAUGCGGGAGAUCAAGAGACUUGCUGUGGAAGAUAUGAAAAUCCGUAUUUCUGCGCCUGCUGAGCGUAAAUACACGACGUGGAUCGGAGGAGGCAUCUUAGCGGGUUUGAGCACAUUCCGAAAGGUAACAAUUCUCUUUUCUAAAAUUUGUUUCUCGUUUCCUACAAUCAGCGCACUAACCCCCGAUAUCGUAGAUGUGGCACCAUCUUAUGACCUGCGAAUCGCCAUUGUUGGGUCUGGGACUAUCGGGCUCUCGUUUGCAGCACUGCAUCUGUCUCAUCCGAGCAAGAGAAUCCAAGUCAUCAUUUAUGACCCACGCCCUGACAUAGAGGAAUACGUUAGGACUACGUUACCAGAAAUUGCCCCUCUCGGGGAAUUGCUAGAAUCGAAGCAGCUUCUCCUAUCCUCAACACUCUCAUCGGCAUUGGAUUCGGCCGACAUAGUGCAAGAGCAAGGACCCGAGAAUGUGGCUUUUAAACAAGGGUUAUGGAUACAGAUUGAAAAGACCGCCCCUUCAACAGCAUUGUUCUGGUCCAGCACUUCUGGCAUCCCGGCAUCUGUCCAGGGCCUUAACAUGCAAGAGCCUUCACGACUACUUGUGGUCCAUCCCUUCAAUCCACCGCACAUAAUGCCGGUCUUGGAGAUUGUGCCUCCUCGCAACGAUGCUGGAGACUCGGAUUCAAUUCAUCCGUCGAAGCAAUAUAUAGACAGAACCAUGGAAUACUGGAACACACUACACAGAUCGCCAGUCGUUCUUAAGGAGGAAGUCACUGGUUUCGUGGCAAAUCGUCUAUCGUUUGCCCUUUUUCGCGAAGCCAUACAUCUUGUAAACUCGGGUGUCGUUACAGCUGCCGAAGUCGAUCGUAUUGUUGAAGAAAGCAUGGGGCCACGCUGGGCUGUCAAGGGACCGUUUUGGAGCUAUCAUGCUGGUGGAGGGAAGGAAAAGGGGCUCAAGGGGUUUCUAGAGAAGAUCGGGGACACGGUGCAGGCUUGCUGGGACGACGCUGGGACACCAUCACUUGGACGAGAUGGAAACAUGUCCUCUUCUUGGGAGGAUGCGUUAUGUGGGCAGGUGGAGGAUGCUUAUGGGAUGCUGGAAGACAAAGACCUCAGAGAUAGAGAUGAAAAGACGAGACAGUCCGUGCAGAGCUUCAAAGAAUCUGUUGCUGCCAGCACAUGCACGAUGGCUGACUGGUACACUGAGCCAACCAAUGGAGCCGGAGACAGCUAUGAUUGGGGUGCUCCUGCUCCAUCUCAGGAUUUCGCCCCGUUGAAGGAACAGAAUGAUUUCGCUGAUGAUACUGGUGAUACCGAUGGCCCUCGUGACGACACUUGCCGCAACUGUGGCCAAUCUGGACACUUUGCUCGCGAAUGCCCAGAGCCACGUCGAGGCGGCGGCGGCGGCAGCGGCGCCUGUUUCAACUGCGGUGAAGAAGGCCACAACAAAGCCGACUGCCCUCACCCUCGCGUUUUCAAGGGUACUUGCCGAAUUUGCAACGAAGAGGGUCAUCCCGCAGCCGAAUGUCCCCAGAAACCUGCUGACGUGUGUAAAAAUUGCCGCAAAGAGGGCCACAAGACGUCUGAAUGCAAGGACAAUCGUCAGUUUGACUUGAACGACAUUCCUGACGAGACUCCUGAGCAAGCUUGGGCCAAUCUCAAGAAGGCCGAUGCUAAGCGAGAUCUUGAAGACUUCCGUGAUGUCUGUCCUACCUCUGGGUCUGUUGAAUUGGACGUGGCUGAUAAUUACCAUCAGGCCUUCAAAGUGUACACCAAGGCGGAACCAACCAAGACCUUCGUUGACAUUGAGAAGAAAUUGCGUGCUGAAGAAGCCGGUGUCUACCUAAUUGCACUUGAAAAGCAAAUGGAAAAUUUCAAACCAUUCACACUGAUCGAUCUCCAAGGACGCCUGAACUGCACCUACGUUGUCAAGCUCUUUUUCAGUGCUGAGCCACGUCGUGCGAAUCUCAAGGACCGCUGGCCAGCUACGCCAGAGGAGAAUCUCGAACGCCUUGCUGAUGCCGGCUUCGAGCAUGAUCGAAUGGUCCCCAUAUGCAGCAAUUGCGGAGAGCUUGGUCAUGGUUCGAAGGGAUGCCAACAGGAGCGUGUAGUUCCGGAGCGUGUCGAAAUCAAGUGCGUCAACUGCUCCGAAGUCGGGCAUCGUGCUCGCGACUGUACGCAGGAACGGGUCAACAAAUUCGCUUGCCGCAAUUGUGGUGGCUCUGGCCACAAAGCUGCUGACUGCACGGAGCCUCCGAGCUUGGCCAAUGUCGAAUGUCGUCGCUGCAAUGAAAAGGGCCAUUUCGCCAAGGACUGCCCAUCUGCCCCGAAAUUCGUCAAGACAUGCCGUAAGUGUGGUGCAGAGGACCAUAUGUCACGGGUAUGCGACCAGCCGCAGAAUAUGGACCUUAUUACCUGCAACAACUGCGAUGAGACGGGUCACUAUGGCCGCGACUGCCCCAAGCCUCGGGACUGGUCUCGAGUAAAGUGCACCAAUUGCGGCGAAAUGGGACAUUCUUUCAGAAAAUGCCCGGAGCCAGCGGCAGAUGAAGCAGGCCGCGAAGAAGAAAUGGCAGGAGGUGAAAUGCCACCCAUUGAAGCUAGUGGCGGUUGGGCUACUGGUGAAGACACUCAGGGUGCAUUGGGUUGGUAG